CAGUCUGGAGCGGGCGGCCUCCGUUUUGGGGUUUUGGGGGUAAUAGAGCAGCGACCCUUCCCCUAGGCUACUAAGGGCUUCCGAGGACGAAGCGAUGCUUAGUUUAUUUUCGAGGCGGUACCGCAAAGUUGAACAGGUCGACGAAUUACCUAAUACCCCCGGGAUUCCCAAGAAGGGCAGUGUGCUCAAAACGAUCCACCUGCCAUGGCUGCUUCACCUUAUUGUACUUGCUACUUACAGCGUCAUCCUUUUCGUCACGCAACUCAACAGGAACACAUGGUCUCCUUGCUUCAAUGAAUUCCUUCUUGGUGCACCCAUUGUUUGGGAAGAACGCACUUUUACCACAAACAGAUAUGUCAAGAACGCUGACUCAUAUUCGAUCGACAACCCUGAUGUAGACUCGGUUUGGGCUGAUCCAAUUGAGCACACCAUCAUUGUCAUCACCGAAAGAGAGAAGCAGAAGCUUCCUGGCGGACGUGAUACUGCAAGAGCGUAUGGAGCACAAGGUGGGUACGCAGUCUCAAUCGAGAUGUUCCAUCAAUUGCACUGCCUAAAUUAUCUGCGGAAGGCCUUUUUUUAUGAGGCAAAUGAUAGAGCAGCAGAUUCUGAGAAGCACUCGGAUCACUGCUUCAGUUAUUUGUACCAGUCGCUUCUCUGCUACGCGGACGUUGAGGUCAUGACAAUGAGGGUGGAUGAAAAUUUCAACAUUUACCAACCAGAGUUUAAUGUCACAAAGCAGUGCCGUGACUACAACAUCAUUAAGGCCUGGCAAGAAACUCGCAAGGCCGAAUAUCAAAAUCCACCGUGAAAGGGGGCCAUCAUUGUGUCGUGUUAGACAGCAGGGUGGCAGGAGAUCCAAUUUGGUGCGUGUAUGAAGCUUCAUGACUUGAUGCAACGGUGAAAUGCAUUGCACACUUCAAUGAUGCUCCUGCGUGCGAAAGUUGAGCCAAAGUAUUUCUGAGGUCACUGAGAAAAG